AUGGCAAGCUGGAUCAUGGCUAACCGGUCAAACAAGGAUGACAUAGCUUUGGGUUUCACGUUUCUCGCUCAAAAAUCCGGUCUUGACCUCAUGCAGAACUGCGAUUUACCCCCGCCGCUCAAGGUCUUUUCCGGCGUCUCCCCGCCUCCGAUGGAAAAACACGGCGGCGCGUUAGAAGAUCAUAACGAGAAGCUAGAGCUUCUCAAGGCCCUCAGACUAUCCCAGACCCGGGCCAGGGAAGCGGAGAGGAAAUUUCAAGCCUUGUCCAAAGAAACAGACGCACUGUCGAAUCUUCUGCUGAAAGAAUCUCUGCGGUUAUUCGCAUGCCGGAACUGGGUUAGAUUGCUUGAGCUCCAAGUUUCCCAGAUGGAAAAACAGUAUAUUCAUGGCAGUAGAGAGGAAAAAAUUGAUGAUGAUCACAACACUAGCUCCACAUGGUUUGUGGCAAUGGCUUUCUGUAUGGGAAUUGCUGGGCUUAGCUACAGGGGAGUGGUGUAUAAUUGGAAUUGUAUAGAUAUAGACUAA